AUGUCUUUAUCCAAGUGCUACACCUCCACACCAGAAACAACAAACACAGCUCGACUGGCGAGGCUUAUACUGGGUCCGUGUACUGAUGUUUUACGCGAAAUUCUAAAGACAGAAGUGUUACCAUCCGAUUUGUCCAGAAAGGUUAAAGAAUUUACUAAUAAACUUCCGAAUAGACAAAGAAAUCCACUCAACAAAAAACAAUCAGAGACAAUUUUCCCCAAACAAACAGAACAAUACAGUGGUGAUUAUUCAGACCUAGACAUAUCGUUAUUGUAUUUACUUCUGCGCAAUGUGAGUAAAAUAGCACCACAUUCCAAAGGUUGGGGAGAGAUUCCGAAUCCUGGAGAUAGAAGCGUGGCCGCCAACAUUGAAAGAAUUCGACUUCUUAGAAACCAAUACUACGGUCACGCAGCUGAUCUCUCUCAAUCUGAGCCAGAGUUUAGACAGGAAUGGCGGAACAUCCGGGAUAUUGUAGUGGAGCUAGAGCGACACUUAGGAACCACCACGGUGUUCCAGGAUGCAGUCAAAGAAAUAAAAACCUGCACUAUGGACCCUGAACAAGAGAAAAAAUACAUCAACUUACUUGGAGAUAAAACCCGUGCGUUUGACAGAGUGAAGGAACUUUUGGACAAUCAAGGGUAUGUCGUCAUCAAGGGAAACCCCGGAACUGGAAAAACCACAAUCGCCAAGAUGUUAAUGAAAGAAUUGAUGGAGGAAGGGAAUUCUCCUCUUCAGCUUUACAAAUUGACAGAUUUAUUCAAGACGUUCUCAGUGGGAGAUGAUAUUAAAAAUGACCAGGGUUCCAAUGCAUUACAAUCUGCAGCAAGUUCUGGAGACAAACAUGCAUUCAAUUUUCUGUUAAAGUUUGGCUGUGAUCCAAUUGAAAAAGAUCGAGAUAAUGGCCACACUGUUCUUACUUGUGCUUGUCAGGAAGGUAGACUUAACAUGGUCAAAUAUCUUGUUGAGAAAUAUCCUGCAUUACUCAAGGAGCACAAGGAUAUUCAUGGAGGCAGUCUUUUGUAUUGGGCGGCUUUCAGUGGAAAAAUAGAUAUGUUUGAAUACAUGUUUCAUCUCUUUCAGAAUGAAAAUAUAUUACAUAUUUCAAGUGACAUAAAACAUAUGGUAUACGCAAAAGAUAAUUCAGGUCAAUCUAUCUUGCAUGCUGCAUGUAGCUAUGGUCAUUUUGAUAUGUGUGAGUAUCUCUUGAAAAGAUAUCCAGAGUUACUGAAUAUUUGUGACAAUGAUGGGAAAAAUGUACUCCACUACGCAGCUCAAGGUGGCAACGUGAAUAUUUUUAAGUAUCUAUUGAGUAAAGGAUUAAAUGUCAAUUGUACAACAAAUACCGGACAGACUGUGUUACACAAGUGUUGUUCUGAGGGAAGAGAGGACAUGUGUAGGUAUCUUGUAAAUAGGUAUCCAAGUUUAAUAACGGUUAUAGACAAUAAAGGAUUGACAGUAUUAGAUUCAGCUUGCAGGGGAGGAAGUGUAGCAAUUGUCUCUUUUCUUAUAGAAAAGGAAAUGGACAUCCAUACCUUGUCAAAUGAAGGUAGAAGUAUCCUGCAUAGAGUCUGUCUCAAUGGGAAAUAUGAAAUCUGUGAGUACCUAGUUCAGAAGUAUCCCCAUCUAUUAGAUGUCAGGGACAGAUGUAGUAAUACAGAGUUGCAUGCUGCUGCCUGGGGAGGUAAUGUUCAAAUAAUAAAACUAUUGAUUGAGAAAAAGAUGGACAUCAAUACCCUACGGGAAGACGGUGAAACAGUUUUACAUAUAUGUUGUCGCUCUGGUAAAAUUGAGAUGUGUGAAUAUUUAGUAAAACAUUAUUCAGAUUUAUUAGAAAUAAGGGACAGCAAGGGAUGGACAGUCUUACAUUCAGCCUGCUGUGGAGGACGUGUAGAAAUGGUUUUUUACCUAAUAAAGAAUAAGUUGGACUUGGAUUCCCUGUCAAAUAAUGGUGAAAGUAUUCUACAUAUAGCUUGUAUCAAAGGGAAGAUUGAAGUUUGUGAGUUCUUAAUAAAGAAUUAUCCCAGUCUAUUAGAUGGCAGGGACAAAAAUAAUAACUCAGUGUUGCAUUAUGCAGUCUUUGGAGGCAAUGUUGAAAUAGUAAAACUAUUGAUUGAGAAUAAGAUGGACAAGUAUACUCGAGAAGAAGUUGGUGAAACAAAUUUGCGACAAUGUUGUCGCUCGAGUAAAAAGAAGUUUUGUGAAUCAGAUAAUUUUUCAGCAUUAAUUGAGAUAAGGAACAGUGAUGGAUUGACAGUCUUACAUUCAGCUUGCCAUAUAGGCAGUGUACAAAUUUUUUCUCUUCUGUUAGAAAAAGGAAUGGAUAUAAAUGUUUUGUCAAACGGUGGUAAAAGUGUUAUGCAUAUAGCCUGUCUCAAUGGGAAGUUAGACAUUUGUAAGUACUUAGUUGAGAAUUAUCCUCAUCUAUUAGACGUCAGGGACAAAUAUAGUAAUACAGUGUUGCAUGAUGCAGCCUGGGGAGAUUUAUUGGAGAUAACGGACAAUAAGGGAUGGACAGUGUUACAUUCAGCUUGCUGUGGUGGAAGAUUAAACAUAUUACUUUUUCUAAUAGAAAAAAGAGUUGGCUUAAAUGAUUUAUUGGAGAUAAGGGACAACUACGGAUUGACAGUUUUGCAUUCAGCUUGCAAACGUGGAAAUGUAGCAAUUGUUUCUUUUCUAAUUCAAAAAGGAUUGGAUAUUAAUGCCUUGGCAACUGAUGGUGAAAAUAUACUUUAUGUUGCAUGUUUCUAUCAGAUGUUCGAAAUAUAUUUAUUGGAGAUGAGAAACAAUGAAGGAUGGACAGUGUUACAUUCAGCCUGCUUUGGUGGAAGUGUAGAUAUUGUAACUUUUCUUGCAAAAAAGGAAUUACACAUCAAUUCUUUGUCUAAUAAAGAUUUAUUGGAGAUGAGAAACAAUGAAGGAUGGACAGUGUUACAUUCAGCCUGCUGUGGUGGAAGUGUAGAUAUUGUAACUUUUCUUGCAAAAAAGGAAUUACACAUCAAUUCUUUGUCUAAUAAAGAUGUCAAAGAUAAAUCUAACAACACAGUGUUGCAUGAUGCAGUCUUGGGAGGAAAUGUUCAAGUAGUAAAACUUCUGAUUGAGAAAAAGAUGGACGUCAAUGUCAUAGAUAAAUAUGGGGACACAAUUUUGCAUAAGUGUGGUCGCUCUGGUAAUAUGGAGAUGUGUGAGUAUUUGGUUAACAAUUUCUCAGAUUUAUUGGAGAUGAGAAACAAUGAAGGAUGGACAGUGUUACAUUCAGCCUGCUGUGGUGGAAGUGUAGAUAUUGUAACUUUUCUUGCAAAAAAGGAAUUACACAUCAAUUCUUUGUCUAAUAAAGAUGUCAAAGAUAAAUCUAACAACACAGUGUUGCAUGAUGCAGUCUUGGGAGGAAAUGUUCAAAUAGUAAAACGACUGAUUGAGAAAAAGAUGGACGUGAAUGCCAUAGAUGAAAAUGGGGACACAAUUUUGCAUAAAUGUGGUCGCUCUGGUCAUAUGGAGAUGUAUGAGUAUUUG